GGUAGCAGAGGAAGUGGCAAACAGUCUACACCCUUCUCUGCAUUCCUACAGUACCGUGGCCCUGUCAGAGCAGUCCAGACUUUACAGGGGAUCACAUACAGGAGUAUCAGAUACAGGAGGAUCACAUACAGGAAGAGGAGAGGAAGAGAAGAAGCCAGAAGCCUGAAGAGACUGACAGAGAGUGUCAGAGAGAGGUGUGACAAGUAGAGAAAAAAUAGUUUUUGAGUCAAGUCAGGGAGAGGAGGCAGGGGGAGCUCAGAGAGAGAGCUGUCCAAAGAAGUGGAAGAGAGAUCAAGGUGCAAAGAGAUCAACAGUGAAAAAAAACUUGGUGAGAAAACAAAAAAUAGACAUCUACAAUCGGUUUGAGUAGGUUAAAAGGUACAACCGCCGUACAGUACUGUACUCAACAGCCGGAUUUGACCAGAACUAGCAUCGCCAUGGUGACCCUGGACACGCGGACCCUGACGGUGCCCGUGGGCAUCGUGAGAAUGCUGGAGGUGGUCCUCACCUGUAUCUCCUUCAGCCUGGUGGCCUCGGUGGGUCACUUCGGCUCAUCCUACUGGGCCUGGUGCAUGUUCACCUGGGUCUUCUGUUGCUUAGUCACCCUCCUCAUCCUCAUCAUGGAGUUCACCACCCUCCAUGCCCGGGUGCCCAUCUCCUGGGACGACUUCACCACCGCCUUUGCCAUGCUGUCCACGCUCAUGGUGCUGGCUGCCUCCAUCAUCUACCCCACCUUCUUCACGUGUGUCUCCUGCGGGAAGCAGAUCGCCGCCACCGUCAUUUCCUGCCUGGCCUUCCUCUUGUACGCCACGGAGGUGGGCCUGAUCCGGGCCAAACCCGGCGAGAUCAGCGGCUUCCUCUCCACCGUCCCGGGCCUCCUCAAGGUCCUCGAGGCCUUCGUGGCCUGCAUCAUCUUCAUCUCUCUGGACCAUGGCUCCUACUCGCGGUUCCCAGGGCUCCAGUGGUGCGUGGCGGUCUAUUCGCUAUGUUUCAUCUUCGCCCUCAUCAUCAUCCUCUUUACUAUCUGCCGCCUGCUGUCGCUCUUCCCGUUCCCGUUCGACAAGGUGCUGACGGGCUACAACGUGCUGGCCGUGCUGAUGUACAUGACGUGCGUGGUGAUAUGGCCUCUCUAUAGCUUCCAGAACAACCACAGCAGACCCAGCGGGUGUGGCCGCAACUGCUACUGGGAUAACCAGGUUGUAGUGGCGUUCAUGACCUGUUUCAACCUUGUGGUUUACAUUGUGGACACGGUCUACUCUUUCAGGCUGGUGUUCUUCGUCACCCCGGCUUAGGACAAAGGUCAAAGGUCACCCACCUUACCCAACCUGAGAACUGGCCCCGAAACACCUUGCCGGAUCUUAAACAAUAGACUGAACUUUACUUUUGUAUACUGUAACCAUGCUGUUUUUUUGGAACACUAAUUGGUAUUGGGAGAACGUCUCUGUAUGGUGGAUAAUAACCGUUUUACUGGGCAAGAUUACAUUGUGAAUGAUAAUGCUUCUUCAUUGAAAAAAUGAGGGUUAUAGUACUACUAGCAAUUCACAAACCAUGAGGUGGAGAAGAAUGUUCUGAAUGCUUGGAUCCCUGCGUAGAUUCAAUGUAUAUUUUGUCUUCCCGUCUUUAAAAUACACAAGGAACUCUGCAGUGCACCCUACGCAGUCCACAUGGGCUGUAAUCAAAGUGAAUAGAAAGAUCAAAGAGCUGUUCUUGAUAUGUUCAUUUUAUUCUCAUAUUCUGUUCUCCAUUUCAUCUCUGUCUCUCUGGCCUUGAUUCAAUCAGUUCAGCGUUAACCCCCGAUAACCCACAACUGCAUAGCAGAUCAUUGGUUUUACUGAUUUGACAGCUCCAACGAUGUUACACCUUUGUCAUGGCCCAAAUAAAAACAGAUCUGCUAUGCAGUUGUCGGCUAUCACAUCUCCAUCUCUCUCUCUCUCUCUCUCUCUCUCUCUCUCUCUCUCUCUCUCUAAUCCUGACAAACAUGCAAUCCAGACAGAUAUGACAGAAUUCAGUUAAAUAAGUAAAUAAGUAAAACACAACUAUUGACAUUUAGCUGACGUGACCAAAUUGUUUUAAUAAUGUUAUAUAACAAUAAAAUAAAGAAAACAUUUGCUUAACACCUAUUCUCUUUCUACAACACUGUUAAAGGACAUUCAGCAAUGCUCCCUCCCUCUCCCUAUUUGCUAGGGUGUGUCUGCUAUGAGAGGCCCAUUGGAUGAAAUGGCAUGGGAUGUCGAAGUCCAGCCCAGGGCUUUGCUUUCAUGUCUCUUUCUGUGUUUGCUGAGUGCGGCGGGGAAGCCGACAGCGAGAUAAGUCUCAACCACACUCCGCUCCGUCCCACCUGGAUGACAUCACUCUCUUACACAGGCAGCAUCUGAAUCCCUCAUGGACCGUGGCUUACCACAGAUUCGAUUUGAUAGGGAACAUAUUGGGCCAUUCUGAGGCUGCUAAACUAAUUAUAAUUUCUAAAAAGACAGCAGAAUAAUUGUGGUUGGUGAUCUGUUUAUGGUAAUGAUGUCAAGGUCUCUCAUGCCCACACUUUGUUUUGUGAUACAUAUGGCAGGGGUUAUUCCUUUCUUCAUGAGAGAAAUUAAGUUAAGUGACGAAUGAAGAAUCAUUGUUCCAAAACAGAAGCCAACAGAAUGAUGGAGGUUCCUGAUCUGAUUAUGGUAAUGAAGUCAAGGUCUUUUAUGUCCACAUCUUUUCUUCUGUCUUGCAACCUUUGACAGGGAUUAUUGAUUUGUUCAAAAGAGAAAUGAAGUUAUGUUGCUGCUGUCUCCUUGGCACAGAUCAAGAGGGAGCUAAAAGUGAAAAAUGGAUGAGGCAGAUAUAGAGAGAGGGAGAGAGAAAGAGAGAGAAAUA